AUGUACUCGACUCGCCGAGCAUCGUUUUAUCCCACCGGCGACUUCCGAAACCACCAAGAAAGUCUGCUCGAUGUGAAGGCAGAUGUCAUGUGCAGUUGGCUGUACCAGCAGCAACUAGAGAAACAAUAUGCGACUGGCAUGCUGCCUGGGGAGGGCGUGGUGCUCAAGAAAGCAAAGGGCAAUUAUUCCUGUUGUCCGCCACAACUUCAAGAGAUGCCAAACAGUCUGUACGACAUGGCAAUGGAACUGAACGUCAGAUGCGCGAUGACAGUCAAUACCAGAGUAAUUAAUGUCAUCCUGAAUUCAAGGAGGACGACUUACGAGUACAUCCCGCUCCCCGAUGGUUUGCGACUGCAGGUACUACCUACCAUGCGCGAGCUCCCUCACUGCCAAAAACACCACUUUGCUGCGUUUAUCCAGGAUGCCCAGAUUCUCGUCGUAUGGGACGAUGAGCCCAAGAAGGUGCUUGCUAGAGCCGACAUGCUGGAACGACAGUUGAUGAAAAUGAUCUGGGGAACUGGAGAGGAUGAUGAGGAGACCGAGGAAGACGAGAAAAGCGGAGAGAAAGGUGUGAUCGAGGUAGGCGUGUCGGUAGUUGACCUCGAAGCCGCUCUUCAAAGCGAAGUACGAAAAACAAAACUCACGAGUCCGCUGACCGUGGGCUUGACGUUGGCCUUAUGCAUUUCGUGUACCGGCUUAGGUCUGAGGAAUCUUGCCUUCGAGGUCAAGACGGACGGUUCGUACACGCGACUGGCUCUUAUGGUGUGUAUCCCCGCGCAAAUCCUAGUGGCCAUGUUCUUCUUCCAAACCAUCAUCGUCAACAUUUUCGAGGUGCUUGGUCCCAUUUCCGCUGUGGACAAGAACUCAAAGUUCUACUCUGGCAAGGCACCGAAACGCCUUGAUCGGAACUUCCACAAUCUUCCGCACGUCACUAUCCAGAUGCCCGUGUACAAGGAGGGCUUGAAUGGUGUCAUCCGGCCAACAAUCCACUCAUUGAAGCAAGCUAUUUCGACAUAUGAGAUGCAGGGCGGGUCUGCCAACAUUUUUGUCAACGAUGACGGUAUACAGUUGAUUCCUGAGGAAGAUUCGCAGGCCCGUCGCGAAUUCUACGAAGAGAGCAACAUCGGCUGGGUCUCGCGUCCGAAGCAUAAUCCUAAGCCCGAAAAUGGCGAGCGCCCUUUCCUGCGUCGAGGCAAGUUCAAGAAAGCGUCGAACAUGAAUUACGCCAUGAUGGUUAGCAACCGCGUCGAAGACAAACUUGUGCAGGUACCUCGAUCGUCCAACUGGACCCAGGCGGACGAGUACGGCGCCUACGAGCAGUGCCUUGCCGAGGUGUUGCAGGAGGAUGAAGGCCGGACCUGGGCCGAGGGCAACAUCCGUAUUGGUGACUACAUCCUCAUCAUCGACUCGGACACGCGUGUGCCCGUCGACUGCCUUUUGGACGCCGUCAGUGAAAUGGAACAGUCUCCCGAAGUGGCCAUCCUGCAGUACACGUCGGGCGUCAUGCGCGUCACCACAUCUUUCUUUGAAGGUGGCGUUACCUGGUUCACCAACCUGAUUUACUCGGCUAUUACUUUCGUUGUAGCAAACGGUGACGCUUGCCCCUUCGUGGGUCACAACGCUAUCCUCCGCUGGUCCGCCAUCCAAGACGCCGCCUCGUACCACGACGAUGACGGCUACGAGAAGUUCUGGUCUGAGUCCCACGUAUCCGAAGACUUCGACAUGGCCCUUCGUCUCCAGUGCGCCGGCUACAUCCUGCGUUUUGCCUCGUACUCGGGCGAAGGGUUCGAGGAGGGUGUCUCACUCACUGUCUACGACGAGUUGGCCCGCUGGGAAAAAUACGCUUACGGUUGCAAUGAGCUGAUGUUCCAUCCCCUCCGAUACUGGCUCACCCGCGGCCCCAUCACCCCCCUGUUCAGGAAGUUCAUGACUUCAAGCAUUCAUCUACCCAAGAAGAUCACUAUCUGCACUUACAUCGGAACUUACUACGCCAUUGGCGCCGCCUGGGGUUUCGUGCUCAUGAACUACUUCCUCACGGGUUGGUACUUUGGUCUGUACGACAAGUACUAUAUCGAUUCGUUUGGUAUUUACGUGUCCAUCGUCGUUGUAUUUACCCUCUUUGGAAACUUCUCUCUCGCCAUUUUGCGUUAUCGUCUAAAUCAGCAGUCGCUCCUCGCUGCACUCUGGAACAACAUGCAAUGGAUCCCCUUGAUGACCAUUUUCCUCGGCGGCAUCUCUCUGCACGUCUCGCAGGCCCUGCUCUGCCAUUUUCUCUCCAUCGACAUGACGUGGGGUGCUACGGCGAAAGAACUCGAGGACGUCAACUUCGUUGAGGAAAUCCCGCGCCUGUUUCGUCGCUUCAAGGGUACCUUCAUUUUUGUUGUGCUCAUGACGGCACUCAUGAUUUGUGGGUUCUUUGUUUUCCCCGAGGAGUGGAAGAUCAAGACGUUCGCGUCCAUCUGGCCCCUCGGGAUGACGACCGUGUGCCACUUUUUGUUGCCGGUCGUGCUGAAUCCUGCGUUGAUGGUGUUUGCGUGGUAG